CGUCUCCCCCCCUCACCAUGACAACGGCAGAUUUUUUAGCAUCGUCAGAGGACAAACGGUCACCUCCCUCGCUCGUGAUUUGGACGAAUAUUAUGUGAAACAGCGCGGUUUUUUAGCAUUAGUGGAUAAACUCCAUGCGGGGAAGGCCGUCUUUGAGUGCGGACCCUCAUGCGGAGGAGACCAGCCGGAGGUAGAGGGAGUCGCCGUCGAACUGCGUGAACAACAUGGCUCUUCCUCAGCAUCUCCGGCUGCUGCUGCUGGCUUGUGUUGCGCUGCUGGCCGCCGUCCAACGUGUCGACGCUCGGUCCUCGCCGAUAUCGGACUUGAAAUCCAAAAUCUCGGGCGUGGAGGAGCUGUUGGAGGAGUUCCGCAAACAGCUCCAGCAGGACCAGGCGUACAAGGUAGCCGAUGUGAUUGACUCCUGUGUGGGCGACUUCAGCGCCAUGGGGGAGCGCAUCAUCCGCACCAAGGCCUCCAUCGAGCACGGGGCCACCUUCCUGCUGGCCCCGGACAGGGUGUACACCUGGAAGGACUGCGUGCACGCCUGCUGCUCCCAGCCUCACUGCACCGUGGCGGUGGUCCAGGAGGACCCGCGGCAGCCCGGGGAGAGUCUCAGCUGCUACCUGUUCAACUGCACCUACAGGAGUCAAAAUGUCUGCUCCUUCGCACCGCACCAAGGCUUCACCACAUACAGCCGGAGCGCCAACACGACGCAGGGACACCUCCCUGCUCAGGCCAGCGCCUUAGCCAGGAGGCCCGGGGAGGCACAUCCCGAUGAGGACGAUACACAAGACGUGGACGAGCCUCCUCGCAGCGAUGCCGGACAGGAUGUGGUGAUCCAGCUGCCCACAGACUGGGCGGUCCUGGAUGGACGGGACAGCGUGGACGACCAUGGGAUCAGCCACUAUGAGUGGACUCUGGUUAGGGGGGACAUAGCCAUCAGCAUGAAGGCGACUCAUCCAGGGCUGCUGAAGAUAAGUGGUCUCCAGGAGGGCGUCUACACCUUCCAGAUGACGGUCACCGACACAGCCGGCCAGAAGAGCUCUGACAACGUCUCCGUCACUGUGCUGGCACCGAAACACCAAGCAGAGUUGUGUACAGGUCACUGUUCAAACUACCAGUUCAAGUGUGAUGACGGCUGCUGUAUUGACAUCACCUACGGCUGCGAUGGGAAGCAACACUGUCCAGACCGCUCUGAUGAGGACUACUGCCCAAACUUCGACAACAGCAGGAAGUCAGUGACCCACCCUGCUGAUCUGUCGAGGCCUCAUCGGCCUGCGGACCAGACAGAGGAGGCUGGGGACGCCUCCGUGCUCCAGACUGGACCCAGAAAGACCGUAGAGAGCAUCGUCCCACCUCAGGACAGGAACAAAGCCACUGCUCCACAAGGUCCCAGCCAACAGGAGGCUCCAGUCAGUCAAGACCCGUGUGCUGCAGCUCCAGUGGUCGGACCCUGUAAAGGCACCUUCCCACGCUGGUACUACGACCAAAAUGCAGGAGAAUGCAAACACUUCCUGUAUGGCGGUUGCCAGGGCAACCAUAACAACUUCCUCCAGGAAUCUGACUGCGUCAGUGAAUGUAUACAAAAAAGUCCGGUUUUCAAACCAGCAACUGUGGCUCCUCCAACCACCAAACAGACUGAGAUAGCUGCCCCUAAAGUCUCCCAGAGCCAAUCACAGAGUGAUGUCCCCAUCUCCAAACCAUUUCCAGUAAUGGGAGGACAUCCAGUGCCAGAGUCAGGUGCAAUCCUUCCUCUGGCUCUCGGCCUCAUCAUCACCGCUCUGCUGCUGCUCAUGAUCGGCUGUCGUCUCAGACUUGUCCGUCACAAGCUGAAGAAAGCCCGACCCCUCACCACAGAGGAGUCGGAUUACCUCAUCAACGGCAUGUACCUGUAGCCAAUCAGCCGGGGGCAGCGAAUACGUGAGUGCCGAGAUGUGAGAACGUGGGCGUGCUCACCAGAGCCUGAACCAGGACCUUUUGAAUUUUCACUCUGUAUUUCUUGCAGCCCGGUGUCUCCAGUUUGUCCUCACUUUCGGGUUGGAAACGUCCAAACUCUCUGCUGUCGUGAACGUUUCGGAUUGCCCACACUGAACCCCUCUGACUGGUAAAUCUGCUGCUCAUAGAUGCUGCCUUGCGUGACACAUACUCAGAUGCUUGUGAACUCAUAUUUAUGUUGUCCUGAGAAAAUCUGAUUGUGAGAGUCAACACUCCUAGUUCGAUACUGAUAUACAGCUGUCUGUAUUCUCCCUGUGACCUCUGGGAUGCAUUUUUUUUAUCCCCUUCCUUUAAUUCUUAAAACACUGGUUACUUUGAUAUCAAACAUUUUUACCUGACUAGUGCUGCACAAAAAUAUGCUGUAUUUCUGUCACUGGGUGACACUAAUGUGCCAUAUUUGUGCUGCACACUUCAACUACAUCAACUCACCUGAGUACAAAUAACACAUUCCUCACGUUCAGAGUCAUAUUAAGCCAUAGCAAAUUGUAUAGUUCAGAUCUGAUUCCUGUCUAAGGUUUGUUGCAUAUUUUUCUUUACUGAGCAAACUUGUGUGGACUCUGUG